AUGCCUGUGGCCAUAGUGGCCGAGCCGGGCAACCUGAACAAGGUCACGAAGGCCCAGCCUCCAUGGCCUCCUGAAUGGCCGGCUCCUCCAUGGCCUCCAGAAUUCCCUGAUCCGCCCUGGAGACCUUCCUUGUCUCUGCCCUGUUCCUGCCCUGCACCAGCCUCCAGGGCGCCCGCGCCUUCUGGGAGUCGUUACCUGGCAUCGGGUGAUUGUCAUGAUCGCUGCCUCACGUGUCUGGGCAUUAAGCAUGUUGGGGUGUCGUUUGUGGAUGAGUCAUCUUCUCAUUGCGGGAAGAUUACCAUCUCGGAGUUGCAGGCCAAGAUCCGUUACCUCAAAAGGGGCGGAGCUCCGCUGCUUCUGCCUCGAUCUAGUUCUCGUCAUGGCGGCAGUCAGAUGGAACAGUUGCUAGUUGCUGAACUUGGAUGCAGUGUGAUUAUACCCUGCUCUCACUCAGACGACUUUAUAAAUACUGUUUCAUGGUAUAAACAUUCUCUUGGAAAGAAACCGCUUCUCAUAGCAUAUUCAGAACAUGGCUCUGACAGCGUUACAUAUCAAAAUGGCUUUAAAAAGGAAAAUCAAUACUUUAUCAGAAGUGGAACUGGCUCUUUUAAUUUGACCAUCAUACACUUGGAAGAAUAUGAUUCUGCAACCUACUAUUGUGCUGUGAGUUUCUUGAACAUUAUUACAUUUGGAGAAGGGACGAUUCUUCUACGUAAAGAUAGUGAUGGAACGAGAAGGACCACAGUUCUCCAGCAACCUGUAUCUGACAGACUUCAUCCAGGAGAUUCAGUGACCCUGCAGUGUUCAGUCAUCAGUCAGAUCUGUGCAGGAGAAUACAGUGUCUACUGGUUCAGACAUUCAUCAGGACAUUCUGAUCCAGGAAUCAUUUACACUCAUGAUAACAGGAGUGAUCAGAGCAUGGAGAGAUCAGAGAGCAGCUCUUCUACCCAGAGCUGUGUCUAUUUUGAGCCAGAAUGA